AUGUCUCUGCUACAUGUGCGGGCUGUUGUUCCCUUCGAGCCCGGGGCCAAUGCCACCGAUGUGCUGAUCAAUGAGGCCCAUUUCAAUCGCACCGCGCUGGACUACUAUCACUACACGCUCUACAGCAAUGGGACCCUCUCCAACGGCUCACACUGCUUUCUUGCCUUCGAUGCAUUCCACCCACAAAUGUACGUCAAUGGGACGCUCAUCAAGGGCACAUCCUGCUACUCGCCCAUCCGGGAUCUCGGUAAACAUGCCUCGAUCGGUCUGGCAUUUGCCCUGAUGUUUGCUAUCACCCUUUUCGUCACGCUCAUGAACCUGCGCAAACAUGGCCGACAAUACCUGCCCUUGGACCGACGGUGGACCAUCAUGGGUCGUCGCUGGAAAUGGAUCUGGAUGAUCUUCAUGGCCGCAUGUGGCAUCAUCAGUUGCAUCAUGAGCGUCGACGUGGACCGGGACUAUAUCGUGAGCAUCCCGUUGAUCCUGCAGAGCGUGUUCUACACUCUCCUCACGCCUGGCAUGAUGGCGGUAGUCUGGGAAGCAGUACGGCAUUGGGGCUCGUGGCAAGAACGGCAGAUUUACGAUCGGGAUCCUUAUGCGUUCCAGAAAUCUAGCACCCGCGAGGGACAGGAAUUCUUGCUUCCGAUCAUUUUCUACGCGUGUACUAUAGUGAACUUUGUUUUGACUGUCCCGCGCUCGUGGUCACCGAUUGAGAUGCAACGAAGUCCCGAGCAACAGAACUUGGAAGCCAAACCUGCUGCCACAGAUGUCCGAUGGCGCACUGCCGGCUUCGUGGCUAUGGGUGGUGUCUUGGUAAUAUGCUACAGUCUCGAGCACAGCAUCUAUCGCUACCGAGCUCGACCGACCAGCACACUAGGCCAGCUCAUGUUCUACCUGAACGCCGCGCCAUCUCAGUUCCUUGUGGCGAUCGCACUCCUGGGUGUCAGGAUUGGGUACUCCAUUGCCGCGGCCUUUGACUGGACAGUAUCCCCGUUGAAAUACGGCGUUGAUUCCGGUUGGAUCUACGGCCUUGGAUACACGCCUCCCCUAAUCCUGCUCAUUCUUUUCAACACCUGCGGUCUCUGUGAGCUGAAUGAGGAUAAGGCCUUGAUCGCGCAGCGCGGCGAUUUCGAAAACGCUGUUGCAGAUAAUAUUGGAGUGGGACAGAGAAAGCCCAGCUGGUGGAAGAAAGGCCAGUCCUUUGUCCGGGAAAUCAGUGAUCAACGACGACACCGGUCCACGCAGGGAGAGGAGAAUGACAUGAAUAGUUAUGUCGAGAUGGGAAUUAUCAAGCCGCAGGAACAGGCGCGUGACUCGUCGCAGCCCAAGCCAGAGUCUUGGGUAGCAACCCGUACGGCCAGUCAGGGCAGUGAGUCAACCGCUGUGGCGCGACCAGAUAACAUGGACAGCGAAAAGCGCAAAUACGCCGCCCCCGCCGGCCCAUCCCCCGACGACGACGCCAGCAAGCGCCGAAAGGUCAUCGGGCCUGCCCUCCCACCCACUGCAGUCACAGCCGACCACGGCGACAGCAAUAGCAACAGUGAUGACAGCAGCGACGACGACGACUUCGGACCCAGCCUCCCACCCCCAGAGGGCAGCGUCCCCACGCCGACCACCACCCCCUCCGCCCCGACACCCGCAGAAGACGCUCCGAAAGCCCCCCAACGCGACGCAUGGAUGCUCGAACCCAUCGACGGCUCGAACCGCUCCUCCCGCGUUGACCCGACCAAGCUGCGCAACCGCAAAUUCCAAACGGGACGGGCGGCCAACGCCACGCCCGGCGGCGGCGGCGUUGAUGUCUCGUGGACGGAAACCCCGGAGCAGAAAAUGAAACGUCUUCAGGAUGAAGUGCUGGGUGUGCAGACGCGGCCGGCAGCAGGAGAGUCGGGGCCGCGGGCCGCGGGGUCGUCGCAGCCUUCCCGGGCGAUGCAGGAGAAGGUCCGCAGGUAUAACGAAGAGAAGAGGAAGGAGGAGGCUGCGGCUAGGGCCGCUGAAGAGGGAGAGAAGAAAAAGAAGGGAGAGGAAGAGGAGGAUGAUCCAAGCAGUCGCGCUUUUGAUAAGGAGAAGGAUAUGGCGCUUUCGUCGAGAAUCACGCAUGCCCAGCGGAGGGAGAUGAUGAACAAGGCGGCCGAUUUCGGGUCGAGGUUUACGUCGGGGAAGUUUUUGUGA